AUGCCGAGCUCAAUUUUUAAAACAUUAAGUGCAUUACCAAUCUCUGCACCUGAAGAUCGUGGUGUCAUGGGCAAUUGCAAUCAUGCAUUUAUAAGCCGAAUUCUCGCAUGUUCACCCGAACUUGAGAGGUGUAAUGAAGAAAGACUGUAUAACAAAACUAUUUCUUGGAAUUUCAACUUGGUUCUGUCUAAUUUCGAUCAGAAUAUCGCAUCACUGAAUAAUUUGGAAUUUGAUGAUUGGCGAAAUAUUAUUUAUGAUUCGAGGAUUUUCGAUCGCAUCUCUGCUUCUAAUGUGCAUAUUGCUUCAUUCAUUGGAUGUAUUGUAAUGAUGUUGCCAUUGUUUACUGGCACUGUGCUGGGUGCAAACGUUCCAUCUGCACUUGCUUCGCCAACCAAAAAGAUGGCUAGAGGUGUCCUUUCAGCAAUCACUGCUCUAUUAAUUGUGAUGAUCUUAAUCGGUGUGUUAACUGCUGUCAUGAUUGAAAGGGAUCUACUACUUGACAAGUUCGGUGAAGGCAGUAUUCGACACUUGUCCUUUCCGCUAACCGUUAUAAGCCCACUUUUCAUUAUCAUCACCGUUAUUACUAUGUCAACCGUCGCAGCUGGACAGUAUAUGCUCACAGCGAAGUCACUUCUACUCAGCUUGAUAACGAGUCAUAGAUUCCGAGUACCGGAUUUCUUCUUUUACCGUAAACAUAAACUGCGGCACAUGACUGCAGUCUUGUUAACGAUGGCUAUGGUUGCGUUGUUCGCACUUCUUCGCAGUGUUGAUUGCAUAUUAAUUGCCAGUGGUUGUGCAGUGCUGGGUGCACUCAGCUUAAUUAAUUUUUGUGCUGCUAUCAAUUCGGUUCUUCAGUUACCGAGAACAGAAUCCGGAGUUGUGCUGGUAAUAACGAUUUGUGCAAUAGUUUACUAUACUGGCAAUAAUAUGAUCACUCGUCGCUAUUCAUUGCGUGCGUAUCAAGAGCUAUUGCUGGAUUUAGCCAAUAUGCUCCUUUUCACGAUACCAGUUGGUGAAUUCAGUGCCACGUUGUCGGGAGCAGCUGAGCAAAUUCUCUAUCAUUAUCAUAUGCAUCGUGUUUGUAUUCGACAAUGUAAUCUGAUAUUGGUGAAGGGUCAUUUUCCAUUAACCGCGUUAUUUUCGCAGUUUGUGAUAGAUGUUUGGUGGAUUAUUGAUAGUGGUGACACUCUUGUUCUGCUUGCGCAUCUUUUGAAACGGAAUGAAUCAUGGCGAAGGGCGAUCAUUCGACUUUUUGUUGUAAUCGAAACGUUAGAUGACGGUAAUCUCAUUGAGGAGGACAUUCGGCGAUGGCUUCGUUCCAAUCGUAUUUCACUGCAAAGUGUCGAAAUCAUUUAUGCUGAUUGUUCAUUUAUUUGUGAAUACACGUCUCUAAGAGGACUGAAAAUUAGUCAGCGAUUCGGUGAUCUACCAAAACAAUCGGUAUUCGCUAAAGUGGCCAAGUUUUUGGGACUGUUCGUUUUGUUGAAUUUUUUAACGAUAAUUGACACUAAGAUUAAAGGACUAUCUGUGGUUCUUUGCUAUGAUGGCAAUUUAUUACAAUCGGCAGUUGAUAAGGGUUAUCACGCAGGUGAUAAUGAUACGGAACUAAGGUCGUCAUUCAGUUACAAAUCACUUCCUUCAAAACAAGCUAAUAUUUCGAAAACUGAACAACUUCUUCGAGCACAGUCCUUAAAUAGAAUGAUUCUGGAUAGAAGUAGUGAAUCAUUCUUGAUUUUACUGAAUAUUCCCGAGCCUCCGGCGCAACUCGAACGUUUUUGGAUUUAUUUAUUGUUUAUCGAUAAACUCACCGAAGGUGUCAAUCGUGCCCUUCUCAUUCGAGGUAUCGACUGUGAAACAUUGGCUGAUAAUUGUGAAUGA